AUGCCCUUUGUGAAAGUGAAAUCGAAUUCUGGCGGCCUAACUUACAAUUACACCAUUUCCACGCCGACAUCAUCUAAUGCUAAAUCUAUUGAUCCAACAUUGCCUACUGUUUUAUUUCUCCACCCUGUCUACAUUGGCGUAGAUAUCUUUCAAAUGCAAUUCGGAGAUCGCGCUCUCCGGAGAUUUAACUUCGUUACGAUGGAUAUGCGAGGCCACGGAGAAACCGGAGGUAACGCUCCAAAGGAUUACGAUCAGGAUGAUGCAGCAGCAGAUAUCGUGAAAUUCAUGGAAGCACUCCAGCUACCGCCAUGCCACAUUUUCGCACUUUCGAUGGGAACCAUAAUCGCGCUUCAAGUCGCUAUAUCCUAUCCGCAGAAAGUUCUUUCUUUGUUCCUCGUAUCUGUGUUGGGCCUUGAAGAGCCGGAAGAUGUGGCACAGGGUAGGCAAGAAAUUGCCGAUUGUUGGAUUGAAGGUUUCAAAAGUUCGACAGUCGAUGAAGCGGCGCUCUACGAUGCGGUAUAUGGCGCCCUUCAACUCGGUUUUAACAGUGAGCAGUCUUCCAUGGUCACAGCUUUGGUCAAGCGUACUUUACCGCAGGCCAUGACCAAUUGGGGGGGGAAGAGACUGGACGUUUACAACACACUCACUGUCAAUUUCCUCACGGAACGCAAGACCCAUUCUCCGGGCGACCUGUCAAAAAUUAUCGCCCCCGUUAAGUUGGUCCAUUGUAUGGCAGAUAUCGCAUACCCCUUGGAGUAUUCAGAGGAAUUUCUGAAGAACCUCCAAGAUGCGGGGGUAAAGGCUUCUCUCGAUAAAGUCGAAGGAGCCUGUCAUUUUGGUUGCGUUACACAUUCAGAGCAAGUUAAUCCCCUUUUUCUUGGUUUUGUUUUGGAGUACACGACGGGCCCGAUACCUCCGAUGUCAUCUUCUGUGAGCUCACCAUUUGAGGCAGGUUUGAUUAAAGCUGGCUGGACAAACGAUGAUUCAGAUGAUGAGUAA